CGGUCUCCCCCCCGGGCAGCGGGUGGCGCGGUCCGGGCGGAAGUGAGGUGUCGCGCGCUGCGGCGGUUCCGGUGUGGGAGCGGCCGGGGCUGAGGCGGGGUCGGGCCCGGCCGAGGCCAUGCUGUGCACGGCGCUGGUCAUGGCCGGCAGCCUGGCGCUCACCACGGCCGUGGUGGCCCACGCCUACUACCUGAAGCACCAGUUCUACCCCACCGUGGUGUACCUGACCAAGUCCAGCCCCAGCAUGGCCGUGUUGUACAUCCAGGCUUUCGUGCUGGUCUUCCUGCUGGGCAAGUUCAUGGGCAAGGUUUUCUUCGGGCAGCUGCGCGCGGCCGAGAUGGAGCACCUCCUGGAGCGCUCGUGGUACGCCGUGACCGAGACCUGCCUGGCCUUCACCGUCUUCAGGGACGACUUCAGCCCGCGCUUCGUCGCCCUCUUCACCCUCCUCCUCUUCCUCAAGUGCUUCCACUGGCUGGCCGAGGACCGUGUGGAUUUUAUGGAGAGGAGCCCCAACAUCUCGUGGCUCUUCCACUUCCGAAUCGUCUCCCUGAUGUUCCUGCUGGGAAUCCUGGACUUCCUCUUCGUCAGCCACGCCUACCACAGCAUCCUGACCCGCGGCGCCUCCGUCCAGCUGGUCUUCGGCUUCGAGUACGCCAUCCUGAUGACCAUGGUGCUGACCAUCUUCAUCAAGUACGUGCUGCACUCCGUCGACCUGCAGAACGAGAACCCCUGGGACAACAAGGCCGUGUUCAUGCUCUACACCGAGCUCUUCACCGGGCUGAUCAAGGUGCUGCUCUACAUGGCCUUCAUGACCAUCAUGAUCAAGGUGCACACCUUCCCGCUCUUCGCCAUCCGCCCCAUGUACCUGGCCAUGAGGCAGUUCAAGAAGGCCGUCACGGACGCCAUCAUGUCCCGCCGGGCCAUCCGCAACAUGAACACGCUGUACCCCGACGCCACGGCCGAGGAGCUGCAGGCCAUGGACAACGUGUGCAUCAUCUGCCGGGAGGAGAUGGUGACGGGCGCCAAGCGCCUGCCCUGCAACCACAUCUUCCACACCAGCUGCCUGCGCUCGUGGUUCCAGCGGCAGCAGACGUGCCCCACGUGCCGCAUGGACGUGCUCCGCGCCUCGCUGCCCCCGCAGCCGCCCCCCGAGGCGCCGGCACCGGCCCCGGCCGCGGCGCAGGGACCCCCCAACUUCCCGCAGGGGCUGCUCCCUCCCUUCCCGCCGGGGAUGUUCCCGUUCUGGCCGCCCGUGGGGCCCUUCCCGCCCGGCCCCGCUGCUGCUGCUGCUGCUGCUGCUGCUGCCCCGGCCCCGCCCGGCCCCGAGGCCGCCGGAGCCGCUCCCGGUGCCCGUCCUGGUGCCGGUCCUGGUGCCGCUCCCGGUCCCAGUGCCAGUCCCGGUGCCAGUCCUGGUGCCGGCGCUGCCGGGCCGGAGCCGGGCGGUGCCGGGGCGGUGCCGGGGCUGCCGCUGCCGCCGCCCUGGGUGGGGAUGGCGUGGCCUCCGCUCUUUGGGGUGCCCCCCAUGCCCGUGCCCCCCGCCGGCUUCGCGGGGCUGACGGAGGACGAGCUGCGCGCCAUGGAGGGCCACGAGCGGCAGCACCUGGAGGCGCGGCUGCAGUGCCUGCACAACAUCCACACGCUGCUGGACGCCGCCAUGCUGCAGAUCAACCAGUACCUGGGCGUGCUGGCCUCCCUCGGUCCCGGCAGUUUGGGGUCACCCCGGGAUCCCCCCAGGACCCCCCGGCCGCCCCCCCCCCCGCGAGACCCCCCCGGAGGAGCCCCCGGCACCGGGAGCCUCGGGAGCCCCCGGGGGCAGCGCGGAUGCGGCCCCGGCCGAGGAUGAGGAGGAGGCCGAAGGCCCCGAGCCCCGCGAGGGCCCCGACACGGCCGAGCUGCGGCGGCGGCGGCUGCAGAGGCUGGGGACCCCCCCCCACUGACCGGGACCCCCAAAAAGUGACCCCGGGACCCCCCAAAGUGACCAGGGACCCCCAAAGUGACCCCGGGACCCCCCCCCACUGAUCGGGACCCCAACAGUGACCCCAGACUCCCCAAAAGUGACCAGGGACCCCCCCCUGGACCCCCAACAGUGACCCCAGGACCCCCAAAAACUGACCAGGGACCCUCCCCCCCCCCCCACUGACCGGGACCCCAAAAGUGACCCCAGGACCCCCCAAACUGACCCCAAACCCCCCCCAGGACCCCCCAAAACUGACUGGGACCCCCCCAAAAGUGACCCCAGGACCCCCCAAAGUGACCAGGGACCCCCAAAAAGUAACCCCAGACCCCCCCAGGACCCCUCAAAAAUGACCUGAGAUCCUCCCCAGGACCCCCCAAGACCCCCCCCCACUGACCAGGACCCCCCCACACUGACCAGGACCCCCUGGGACCCCCCCAAAACUGACCAGGGACCCCCAAACUGACCCCAGGACCCCCCCUCACCUCCCCCCUCCCCGUUUUCCCCUGAAAUUCCCGGCUGGAAGCGAAUCCCAGCCCCCUUGGAGACCCCAGCCCCAUUUCCCCAGCCCGGCCCCUUUUCCCUCUGUUUCCCCCAUUUUUUCCCAAUUUCCCUCCAUUUUUUCCCAAUUUCCCGCAUUUUUUCCCAAUUUAGCUCCAUUUUCCCCCCUAUUUUCCCAAUUUCCCUCAUUAUUUUCCCAUUUUCCCCCAAUUUUUCCCAAUUUCCCCCAAUUUUCUCCCAUUUUUCCCAAUUUCCCCCCAUUUUCCCUCCAUUUUUUCCCAAUUUCUCCCCGUUUCCCCCCAAUUCUCCCUCUCCCCCGAGCCAGGGUCGAGUCCCUGUCGUUCCCUGGGGGUUUUGGGGUCCCCAAAUUGAAUUUUUGGGUCCCCAAAUGAAAUGUUGGGGUCCCCAGGUGAAAUUUUGGGAUCCCAAAUGAAAUUUUGGGGUCCCCAGGUAGAAUUUUUGGGUCCCCAAAUUGAAUUUUUGGGGUUCCCAGAUGAAAUUUUGGGUCCCCAAGUGGAAUUUUGGGGUCCCCAGGUGGAAUUUUGGGUCCCCAAAUUGAAUUUUUGGGUCCCCAGGUAGAAUUUUGAGUUCCCAAAUUGAAUUUUUGGGGUCCCCAGGUGGAAUUUUGGGAUCCCCAGGUGGAAUAUUUGGGUCCCCAGGUGGAAAUUUUGGGUCCCCAAAUUGAAUUUUGGGGUCCCCACCCCCCGGAUUCGGGUCCUGCCCGCGGCAAUUCCGGCAUUUCCCGGGAAUUUGGGAAUUUUUGGGUCCCCCCCCCACCCCAUGAACAGUAUUAACCCUUCCCUCACCGGGGGCAGCCCAAGCCCCUCCCCCUCCGCUCCCGAACCGGUUCGUUCUGGUUUCAGCCGGCGGGGGUCGCGUUUCCCGCCGCCUUUUGCCCAAUUCCGGCCGUUUUUGGCCCAAACCCCGGCCGCGCCCCCAGUGCCUCUGGAACCCCAAAUUCUCAGGGAAAAACCAAAACUCCGCAACCCCGCGGCCGGAAUCGACGCCUUUUGCACCGGGACGGGCGCUGGGGGGGAGUUUUGGGGCAAAAAGGAGCCAAAUUGGGAUUUUCGGCUUGGAGGAGGAUUUUUUUUCUUUUUUUUCGUUUUUUUUUUGGGCGGUUUCGGCCCCAGCUUGAGUGGCUUGAUGAGGAAUUCGGCAAUAACGAAGCGGCGCCGCUUCGGGGAGUUGAUUUUGAACCCUUCCGCGUUGUUUUUUUACCCAUUUUGAGCCAAAAUCAUCUUUUUUUGGGGUCUGUUUGAGGGGUUUUUUUGGGUGGAUUCCUUUGAAAUUGCCUCGUUUUGGGGCACGGGGAGGGGGAGGGAUAAUUCCGGGGGGCGCUGGACCCCAAAAUCGCUCCUUUUCCCCCCGAAGCGGUGGCGGAAUUAUUUAAUUUGUAAAUAAUGUACAAAUUUUUACCAGCUCCGGUGUAAAUACAAUAAAGGUUGCAGUAAA